GGUCAACACCGAUGUCAUCAGUCUCGCCCGUGUGAACAGUAAGUCUCGUACACCCAUAGAAGACUUGUGCUGACCACACGUGGUCAGCCAUCUUUGAGUUCGAAGUCUUCCUCAUCCUGGAGGAAGUGCAGUUCCUCACCACCAACGCCUCGCGCCCCUCCUCCGCCUUCGACCUCCAUCCUGAAUAUGCAGACUUCAUCGCGCGCUACAUACUCUUCCGCCCCUAUGCCGAUAUCGCCCCCUGGAACGACCACCUCCCUGCGCUGGUCGAUGGAGUCGUCGACGCUAUCAUCUGGCUCCGCCCGCAGACCGCCGAGCGCCGAGCGCACAUGGUGACAACGCUGUGCCGCAAGGCGUCGCUGCACCUGCUCGUCAGCAAAAAGGUGGGCGAUGUCUCGCGGCGGGAUUUCAAAGAGCAUCUCCUUGUUGCGGCCACGCAUCUGAAGGAGCUGCCCGUGAUUGUAGAGCUGCUGCGCGAGAACCCCGACCUCAACCGUAUGCAUAGCGAUUUUUUCGGGUUCCCCGUACACGCCGCGAUCAUCGCCGACGAUGCGGAUCUCGUCCGCCGGUUGCUCUUGCACGGCGCGGCGUUCGAGCACGCAGUAUGGCUGAAAGACGUUGUCCGCGCGCGCCACGCGCCGUGGCUCCUCGCCGUACUCACCAGCCAGAAGAAAGUGGUUGAUGUGCUCUGCGCGUCGAUACGCGAUGUCACAGAUGCCAUCGCAGUUGCAGUUGAGCUCGAGAAGGAAGACGUCGCUAUCGCGCUGCUGCGGACGCAGGAACAUGCCUUCGGCCACGGGAGUAUGAGCUUCUACCUGCGCAAAGCAGUCUCCGAAGCGUGCAAGAAGGGCAUGCAGAAGCUUCUCCUCCUGCUGAUUGAGGCGGGGGCUUUCGCGAAGACAAGGGCGUGGACGGGGCCUAGUUUACGCCACUUGCUGGUUGCGGCGUGUAAGGCGGACGAACCCGCCGUUCUGCGGAUGCUCCUCGAGAAGACGAAGGAGUUGAAGACCUGCGUUCCGCUGGAGGAUGUGUUAGUUCAAGCCGUGAGGACGGGCACAGUGGACGCACUGCGCGUCCUCCUCGAUCAUGGCGUGCGCCUCUCUGCAGUGCGAGCAUUUAAGCUCCUCGCCUCCGUCGCGCCGUGGCCUGCAGUUUCCACUCCGACACUUACUGAUGCGACCACCGCGCUCCACCAUGCCGUUUUCCUCCUCGAGCACAAAGCAGUCAAUCUCGAAGCCCUGCUCGCCGUGGAAGAACAUACCGGCUUCGGCGCCGCGCACCUGAUGAUUAUCGCCGCGCAGACAGGAAACACCACACUAGUCUCCGCCCUCGCGCAGUUUGGGGUCCCCCUCGACGACGUAGAGUUCUAUGCAAAGUCGGGAUGUGCGGUACCGAUUGCUGCUGCGGAGUCGUAUGGGCGUAACGAGACCGCAGCGAAGCUGAAGGCAUUGGUGGUGGAAAGGGCUGUCGUAGAGAUGGGAAGAGAGACGGAGCAGGCCGUCGUGAGAAUCCGCAAGGGUAGGAAGAGAAUGGACGAAGAACACCCCGCGAGCAACCAAGACAUUGAUCUCUCUGUCUUCCUUGCGACCCCAAUAACAUGCAAGAAUAGGAGCAGAGUCGAGCUCGACGAUGCGGAUGAUUGGUAAGGGGAAAAGUAUAAAGCGUGUCGUCAGGCAUGAUUAUCAAGCAAAGCAAGCUCGCUAGUGGCUGUUUCGACAAAGCGGGUAUUGGCGAUGAUCUUCUGGGCUGAGGAACACGAUAUGAGGUUGUUGAGCGUGCCGAGAAUAUCAAGUCUUGCGUCAGCUUCCGGUGUAGUUCCUGACGUAGUAACCCAGUGGUGUAAGAGAGAUGGAGCGGAUCAGCUGCGUGGAGUCACCUAUAGAAGGCAGGUGCGCCAUUUCCUGUACACCGGGGCACCUUCCGGACGCCAGAAGUGCCUUUCAACAGUUCUGAGGCCUAGUUGUAGUCGCUGUUUUAUUUCGACGGAAACGUUGCAUGUCGAGCUUGCAUACUACUGAGCUUCACUAUUUUCGUAUAAACGGGAGCAUCGAGUACCAUACACAGCCCGGCGAUUUGCACUCCAU